AUGACUCAAGAUCCUAUCUCUGUAGCUUUUGUUUGUCUAGGUAAUAUCUGUCGUUCGCCUAUGGCUGAAGCAGUCUUCGCCCACACCGUCAAGAAAGGCGGUUUACAAGAACGAGUCUCUAAAGUAGACUCCUUUGGAACUGGUGGGUGGCAUAAGGGAGAAUCCCCAGACCCCCGCUCAGCAGCCACAUGUCGUCAACAUGGUGUCCCUGUGAAUCACCGGGCGCAACAGAUUAAGAGCCACCACUUUGAUGACUUUGACUACAUUAUUUGUAUGGACGACAUGAACUUAAGAAACCUGAAAAGAUUAAAACCGAGUGAUUCAAAAGCCAAACUAUUCAUGUUUGGACAUUGGAAUCACGAUGGAAAAUACAGGGAUAUUGUCGACGACCCCUACUACGGUGGGGACGACGGUUUUGAGUAUAACUUUCAACAAAUUCAAUAUUUUAGCGAACAGUUUCUGCAACAGGAACUGUGA